CAAAUCAAGCAUCAAGAAGCUCUCGUAGUGCAAUCCAAGUUGGCGGGGGCUAGUAUAAAAGAAUCGCGUAACUAACAAUUGAAUCAUAACAACCAAUCGGAUCCUACAAUGGUGGAGGCACCGCAGCGAUUGGAGGAUAUUCCAAACGUGCAGCAAAUUCUGGAAUCUCGGUGGUCUUCGUUGCACGGUCAACCGGACGGCAUCUUUCGUUACCAGCUGACAAUCGAACGCGAGCGAGUGACAGACGGAGAGUACAGAUUUCUAAUGCAGCUUAACCGCAAACGAAUGACGGAGCGUCGGAAGCCGGACAUCAUCGCCGUUUUGCAACCACCGUUCGAUCCGAACCGUUUCAAUUUCAACCGUGUCGACCCGCGAGAAGUGCUACUGGAGCUUCGAAUCGGCAAUAAUCUCAUGUCUUGUCUGGUCAACAAUAGCCCGCUAACCGAAAACCAUGUGCUGCUGGUUCCGGACCGAGAACAGAAUCUACCGCAAGUCCUCACUGAAAGCAGCUUGCAUGCGGUCGUUCGAUUAAUGCUUUCGUUGGAGGAUCGCAACUAUCGGAUAGGAUACAACAGUUCCGGUGCCUUGGCCUCGGUAAACCACCUUCAUUAUCAUCUGCUUCUCAUCCGGCAUCGGUUGUACGUGGAAAAAGCGCCGCUCACUCUCCUGGGAUCGCAUCUGUACCGACUAGACAAUCAUCCUGCCAAAGCCUACUGUUUCGUACUGGAAGAUCACGCCGACAGCAAGCCGUUCACCGCCGGAAUCAGCCGUCUGAUAAGCAUCCUACUUUCCGCCGACAUCGCUCAUAAUCUGCUGCUCACGUGGGACACCCGGCGAACCGGCCUGCGAGCGUUGAUUUACCCCCGCCUGAGGAUAUGUGAAAACAAACAGGUGUCCCCUUUUAACGUGGCCUGUUCCGAGCUGAGUGGCUUCGUGCCGCUUGGCGAUGAGUCCGAUUUUGAACGAUUAGACGAGCGUCAGCUGGAGGCGUUCUUUCGGGAGGCACAAGGCACCGACCUGUACGACCGCCUGGAUUCGCUGGUGCUACAGGGAAUGGCAAAGCAUACCGUCGGAGGCGUCGUGUGAACCACACGCUCAAACUCAAAGUAGAGACGUACGGGGGGAGGCGGACGUGGAACGAAGAAAAAGAAGGGUGCUGAAUAAAUUAUUGCGUUGGUGGGCGGCGAACGUAUGAUAAAUGGAUUUUCACCGUUUAUUGUUUUGACUUGCGGAAAACCGAAUGUUGUCACAAAUGGUAAUUUGGUGGGCGUGUGUGUGAGAAGGAUGAGUUUGUGAGUUAGGAAAGGCGAGGGGAGGCGGGCAUUAGCUUUUAAUCGUGUUUGUUUGGAUUACGAUUUGGAGGGGAUGGGUUCCGGGCUGUCAACAGAGGAUAAUUUUCGAUGGAAUAAAGAAGCUUCGGCUUUUGUGACACGGGGCUCCAUUUACCGGA